AACUACCAUAAAUCAAACCCCAAAUCCAACUACAUACCAAUAUACAUUGGCGGCAAACCACACAUUUACCAUCUAUCAAUACCACCAUUAACCAACCACGUAUUUGCUCUCCAAGAUUGAAAAUUCUGGUUGCUUCUUUUGAUUUCUCAUACGAUUUUGGUUCUCAGAUCAGAUUCGAAGCGAUUGAAUUAUGGCCAAAGUUCGUACGAUAGGGAUUGCGAUGGAUUACUCGACAACAAGCAAAUCAGCUUUGAAAUGGGCGAUCGAUAAUCUGAUUGAAGCCGGAGACACCAUUGUUGUCCUCCUUGUUUUGUCCCCCAAGUCCGAUCCCGCCAAUAAGAAACUCUUCGCCGAUACUGGAUCACCUUUGAUACCAUUGAUCGAGCUCAAAGAGGUAGGCGUGUGCAAGAAAUACGGGAUCACCCCUGAUUCAGAUGUCUUUGAAUUGCUUGAAACUGUUUCCUCGACUAAGAAGGCUAAGGUGGAGGCGAAGGUGUAUUGGGGAGAUCCAAGGGAGAAGCUCUGUGAAGCUGUAAGUCAUCUUAAGCUCGAUUGUCUUGUUGUUGGCAGCAGAGGUCUUGGUCCACUCCAAAGGGUGUUCCUUGGAAGCGUGAGCAGCCAUGUGGUGCAAAACGCCACGUGUCCAGUGACCGUUGUUAAGUAAGGAAUGCAAAUGGAGAAUAUUUUGGCUGCUAUAUAUUUUGUUUACAUGAUUUUUGGAAUUUUGACCCCCGUGUGUGUGUGUGUGAUGUUGGUUGGUUUUCUUGAUUGUUUUGUUCAUUAGACCUAAUUUCUAAAAUAGUUGGAUGGAUUGGAGUGGCAAUUCAGCGGUUGCCACGUGGUAAACCGGUGAAUUGUGCGUUUGUUAGGGUCUUUUUUCUGUUGCCUUUUUUGACGAUUGUUUUUGUCUCUGCUCUUUGUAGAAAGGUUCGUUUUUAGGGCGGUUUCAUGUAAUGCGGUGUCAGUUUUCUUGAUUUCAAUAAAAUUAUUGGCUUAUGAAAAAGAUGUUUGU